UUGACUUUCUUAUUCAAUUUGAACUUUCUCGGUUAUUACUGCGGUAAUGAUUUUUUAUCCCAUGUUUCACUUGGAUUUUCAUUGUUUAUAGUGAAGCCGAUUGUCAACAAAGCCAAAGCACUUCGUCUAAAGAAGGAAGAUUUCGAAGUGCUGAAGGUAAUCGGUCGAGGAGCUUUUGGAGAGGUGGCCGUUGUUCGGAUGAGAAAUUCGGACAAGAUUUUCGCCGUCAAAAUCUUGAACAAAUGGGAAAUGUUAAAAAGGGCAGACACGGCGUGUUUCAAGGAAGAAAGAGACGUGCUAGUUUUUGGCGAUCGCCGUUGGAUAACGAAUCUUCAUUUUGCGUUCCAGGACGAAAAAAAUUUGUAUUUGAUAAUGGAUUACUACGUUGGAGGAGACCUGUUAACCUUGUUGUCGAAAUUCGAGGACCGUCUGCCGGAAGACAUGGCGAAAUUUUACAUCGCCGAAAUGGUGCUAGCCAUCAACUCAAUUCAUAAGCUGGGUUACGUGCACAGGGAUAUCAAACCGGACAACGUAUUGCUGGACAUUAACGGCCACAUUAAGCUAGCCGAUUUUGGUAGCUGCCUGAAAAUAUUGCCUGACGGUACGGUGCAGUCGAACGUGGCCGUCGGUACCCCGGAUUAUAUAUCGCCCGAAAUCCUGCGGGCGAUGGAAGAUGGCAAAGGCAGGUAUGGGCCUGAGUGCGACUGGUGGAGCCUUGGGGUAUGUAUGUACGAGAUGCUUUACGGCGAAACCCCGUUCUACGCUGAGUCCCUCGUCGAAACCUAUGCCAAGAUCAUGAACCAUCAGGAAAUGUUCGACUUUCCCAGUGAGCCCCCGAUAUCGGACGCUGCAAAGAACCUGCUUCAUAGCCUGAUUUGCCCGGCGGAGCAGAGGUUUGGCAAGAAUGGCUUAGACGACUUUCGAAAGCACCCGUUUUUCCAUGAUAUCGAUUGGGACAAUAUCCGUGACAUGAAUGCAGUUUACAAACCGGAGGUCAGUAGUCCGACGGACACUUCGAACUUCGACGUCGAAGACACCGACUUUACACCUUGUGAUACGAAACCGCCGAAUGUGUCCGCGCCAUUCACAGGUCAUCACCUUCCAUUCAUCGGCUUCACUUACACCCAUGACAGCAUGCUGUCCGAUUGUCAGAGCCUGGCCGUUUUGGCGAAGCGUGUGAACAACGGUACUGAGGCGUAUGAAAGGCGACUGCAGCGUCUGGAAAACGAGAAGACCGAAUUGACACGGAAGUUGACCGAAACGACUAAGUUGGUGCAAACUCGAUUCCAUGGUACCGAACCUAUGGCCAGAGAUGAUAAAAGCGCGGUCGAUGUCGAAUCAUCCACCGUCGCUCAGCUGAAGGACGAGAUACAGAUUCUCAAGCGGCGCCUGCUGGAGUACGAAAACGCUCCCACUCCCAGGAAAGACGCAACCGUCGAAGAAUGGGAAAGCAAGUACCGCGAGUUGCAGAAAAAUAAUCGAAAUCUUGUGUCCGAGAAGGCGCAGCUACAGGAAGUAAUUUGCUUGCAGGAAGAAUGCAAUGGCUCUCGCCAGAAGCUGGAUAGCGUCAAACUUGAGUUGGUGAAAAUGAAAAAAUGGAAGCAGGAUUAUGAAACAAAAUUCGAAGAAUUGCAAACGGGCUUCGACGUCCAGUGCAGUAUCAGAGAAAAGUGCGAACUGAACUUGUUGCAGGCGAAGGAAGAGUUGGAAAAACUCAGAAGUCGUUACGGCGAUUCUGUUGUUAAAAAUGAACCGCAGAAGGUGGCCGAUGAAAAGUAUGCUUUUGCUACCCUGGUGUCGCUGCAGCAGGAAAAUGUCAAUCUUGAAGGUCAGUUGAAAUCAGCACAAGAGAAGAGUCAUUUCUCGGCUGCAUGGGAAGCACAACUGUCCGAACUGUUACAGUGGGUUAGCGAUGAAAAGGAGGUCCGCAUUUAUAUGCAUGCCUUGACGGCGAAGAUCACCGAAGAGUUGGAAAACUUGAAAAGAAGCGCCCAGUUGAAUUCUAGCUCCUAUUAUCCAUUGACGCCGAAUUCCACUGCCAUUUAUGCGUCCGGCUGGGGCAGUCGACGAUCAAACAAAGUGGCCAAAAUGGAACUCCUAGAUCUUCAGCGAAACCUGCAGGCUGAGAUCAAAGCGAAGCAGCAUAUCAAUGAAGAACUGACAAAAAUCCGUAGCGCAUAUUUGGACGGCGGUGUCGUCCAAUGCUCCUCUCCCGUUGGCGGUGGGACGGCGAAGUUCUAUGCCAAGUUCCCACCGUUAUCGAAGGACGCCGUCGAGGGAAACGAAUAUGAAGUGUCCAACAGUGCUGUGAUCGAGAUGCAGAAUUCGCCUCACCAUUUCCACAAUCAGGCACGUGCGAAAAGUUCCGCUUAUCGUCAGGGCAAUCCAUGUCCUGUUGCUGGAACACUGAACUUCGUCAGAGCCGGCAGUGGAAAACCGCACCGCUUCAGCGUCUCUACAUUCCCCCAGCCUACCAAGUGUGACCAUUGCACGUCGCUGAUGAUCGGCAUUAUUCACCAAGGCUACGUCUGCCAGGACUGUGGCUUUUCUUGUCACGUUGGCUGUCUGAACAAGGUUCCGUCGAUAUGUCCGGUUCCGCCUGAAGCGAAACGGCCAAUGGGCAUCGAUCCUUCGAACGGCGUUGGCACCGCAUACGAGGGUAAAGUGCGCAUUCCGCGCCCUGGGGGCGUGAAGCGCGGUUGGAACUACCAGUACGUAGCGGUUUGCGACUUCAAGCUUCUGCUGUACGACUGUAACAUCGACAAGUUUGGCAAGCUGUGCGACAUAAGUCCUUACAUCUCUUAUGUGUUGGACAUGCAUGACGAUGACUUCGCCGUCAGCUCAGUGCAAGAGGCAGACGUGAUCCAUGCCAGCCGCAAGGAAGUGCCUUGCAUCUUUCGUGUCACGUCGUCACAGAUACACCAACCAUUGUCGUCGACUGGAGGGGAACCAUGUAAGGUGUACACGUUGAUGAUGGCCGACUCACCGAACGAGAAACAGAAAUGGGUGAUUUUCCUGAACGAACUGCAUCGGCGUCUGCGCAAAAGCAGACUCGGCGAGAAGAAGGUGUUCGUGCUUCGCGAACUGCUAGACCAAACUGCUCUGCCCAUUUUGAGAAUCAUUUUGUGUGCUUGUGUGCUGGACAGAGACCGGCUUCUGAUCGGUACCGAAGAGGGACUGUUCUGCGUGGAGCUGGAUCGUGAGUGCGUCACGAAACUGGGCGACGGUAGAAAAGUAGAAGCGAUCGAGUAUGUGCAAGAGGAACAACUGAUUAUUGUCAUGUCUGGCAAAGAGCGGCAAAUCAAACUCAUUCCGACCGGCGUCCUCGAUGGCCGCGACGUCAAGUGGAUCAAGGUAGAUGGCACGAAGCAGUGCCAUGCGAUCUGUAGCGGCGCCGUCAUGCACGGCAGUGUCUACUGCUUCUGUGUGGCUGUCAAGAAAACGGUAAUUCAUGACGAGGGAAAGAUGAGGCACAAGAAGCUCAAAGAGUUGCCGAUGCCUGGUCUGCCUCAGGUAUUGUCCAUACUCCACGGGAAAUUGUGCGUAGGCUACCCGUCGGGCUUCCGCAUGUGGGACCUGGUGGACAAUUCUCAGCAGUGUAAUUCUUCUUUUCGUUUCUUGCUUCCCCUGCUGAAUAUGGAAGACAACAGCCUGCAGUUCGUCAACCAUGCGACCUACGACGCCGCUCUACUUAUCGAAGUAUCUGAGAAGGAGUUCCUGCUGAUUUUUCAGAAACUGGCGAUCUACGUCGACCCUUCGGGCAAACGAUCUCGAGCUCAGGAACUAAUGUGGCCCGCAUUCCCUACCGCUUUCGCUUACAGCAUUCCUUACCUUGUGGUGUACAGCGAGAACCAUGUUGAUGUAUAUAACACGAACACAGCUGAAUGGGUGCAGACACUGAACAUCAGGCACGCCAAACCGAUCAUCAAAAGUGGCGCAAUCACCAUGUGUAUCGUCUCUGACAUCGCGUACAUCGUGGUGCUCAGCGAUGUUUUAUCCGGUACGCUGGCAGAAGGGCUUCAAGUUUCGUGUUUACUGUAUUUCGUUGUGUUAUGUGAAACUAGUGCACGUCGAGGCAUUGACAUUUAG